CUGAAGACCUCUCAAUAGAGGAGAGAGAAGAACUGUUAGACAUUCGUCGAAGAAAAAAGGAACUUAUUGAUGAUAUUGAGAGGCUGAAAUAUGAAAUUGCAGAAGUGAUGACAGAGAUUGACAACCUAACUUCUGUAGAGGAGAGCAAAACUACUCAGAGGAACAAGCAAAUAGCCAUGGGAAGAAAGAAAUUCAACAUGGAUCCCAAAAAGGGAAUUCAGUUCCUAAUAGAAAAUGACCUGCUACAGAGUUCCCCAGAAGAUGUUGCCCAGUUCCUUUAUAAAGGAGAAGGCCUAAAUAAGACUGUUAUUGGGGACUAUCUGGGUGAAAGGGAUGAAUUUAAUAUUAAAGUUCUUCAAGCUUUUGUCGAACUCCAUGAGUUUGCUGAUCUGAACCUCGUACAAGCCUUAAGGCAGUUCUUGUGGAGCUUCCGACUUCCAGGGGAAGCUCAGAAGAUCGAUCGCAUGAUGGAAGCUUUCGCCUCUCGCUACUGCCUGUGCAAUCCUGGGGUCUUCCAGUCCACAGACACAUGCUAUGUACUGUCAUUCGCCAUCAUCAUGCUCAACACCAGCCUGCAUAACCACAAUGUGCGUGACAAGCCCACCGCAGAGCGCUUCAUCACCAUGAACCGCGGCAUCAACGAGGGCGGGGACCUCCCUGAGGAGCUGCUGAGGAAUUUGUAUGAAAGUAUUAAGAAUGAGCCAUUUAAAAUCCCAGAGGAUGAUGGGAACGACCUGACGCACACCUUCUUCAACCCCGACAGGGAGGGCUGGCUCCUGAAGUUGGGAGGGGGCCGUGUGAAGACCUGGAAGCGCCGGUGGUUCAUCCUCACAGAUAACUGCCUCUAUUACUUCGAGUACACAACAGAUAAGGAGCCCAGGGGAAUCAUCCCGUUGGAAAACCUCAGCAUUAGGGAAGUGGAGGACCCCAGGAAACCUAACUGUUUUGAGCUCUAUAAUCCGAGCCACAAAGGGCAGGUCAUCAAAGCCUGUAAAACAGAAGCUGAUGGCCGAGUGGUAGAGGGGAAUCAUGUGGUAUACCGCAUCUCCGCCCCGAGCCCAGAGGAGAAGGAGGAAUGGAUGAAAUCCAUCAAAGCAAGCAUCAGUAGGGAUCCCUUCUAUGACAUGUUGGCAACAAGGAAGCGAAGGAUUGCCAAUAAAAAGUAGAGCUUUCCUGGCUUGAACAGGUAAAGGACAAGACCCAACCCCACCGCAGACAGUGACUGGAGGCUUCCCUGGGACACUGGCGCGGCGGGGAGGAGGCAGUCCUGCGGGUGCUCACAGCUUCUCCAGAGCGAGCACCUGUGGCCCGGCAGCAUCCCUGAAUCCUGGUGCUGGGCUGAGGUUGUGGUCCGCUGCGACCAUCCCGGCACUCACGGAGGGAGCUGCCCAGGACAGUGCACUCCCGCUGUCUCCGCAGCGCCUGGGGAAUCCGGCCCUGAAAGCCUACGCCGCACAUGCGCGACUCGUGUCCCUAGGCGGGAGCCUCGCUCAUGCCAUGCCAAACAUGCUCACGUGUGGCAGCAUUAACCGUUCUAGAAGCCACCCUUUUAUAUCAAAACAGGAAAGGAAGAGCUUCCAAUUUUUUAUUCAGAAUCUUUUCUCAGAUAUAUAGGAUUAUAGCUUUUAUAUGCCUUUUUAUAUUCUGAAAUUAUAACAAAAGAUCCUUUCUAACAGUAGUAUUUAUAGAAUGGCAGCUAUAAAGUUAACUCCUGGACACAAGUAUAUACUGUGCACUGAAAAAAAAUAAUAUAUACAUGUACAUAUAUACACACACACGUGUGUGCGUGUGUGUGCAUGUGUGUGUGCAUGUAUGUAUAUAUAUGGCACCCAAAGGGAGGGCUGUGGGGCAUGCACUUGGGCGGGUGCCAUGCGGCCUGACCUGCUUGUCAGGUGGCCCAGGAGGCAGCGCUGGCUCUGGGGAGGGAGGGUCGUGAGACUUGGGGGCUCUGGGUGAUGACCCCUGCGGCCUCUCUUCAACUCAGACUUUCUGGCCCCACAAAUCCCUUCUACAAAAGCAAAUCAUUAAAAUACAAUGAUUGUGGUUUGGGAUGUUUAUCCUGGAACUGCCGAAUCCUAGCAAAGGAAAUGGAGCUUCCUCCCUGGACACAUGGUCCACAUGUUGAAUCACAUGAGGCUGCUACUAUUGGACUGUCUUGGACCCACACCGCAGUUUUUCAAACGGUUCAACUGAACACGCAUGGGCCAGACCGGCUUUUGAUCACAUUCCUCACUAUUUAAAACCUUCUGGCCAAAUGCCUGUUUUGUCGUCCUUAUAAUUUGACCAGAUUUCUUAAUGUAAUGAAUAGACAUACAAGUCACUAGAAAUUAUCCCUCUUGCAGUAGUACACCACACCUGCAGAGGUUUGGUCUCCCUUAGGAGAAAAGAGCAAGUCAUGGGGUGCAAAAGGUGGCAUUUAGGGUCUGUGCGGUUUAGAAUGCUGGACAGACGCCGGCAGUGAGACUUGCGAGGCCCAUGCCCGGGAGGUUGGCGAGUUGGCUGGAUGUAGGGUAGGUGCUUGGUCCGUCUGCUCAAGGGAGGGUGGAUCCGGGCCCUGCACAUGGAGACAGCAUGGGGCUAGAUGAGGGCACCACGUGCCUGGCCAGGAUGGGCUAGGGAUGGAUGCUGCUCUCUUGGCCCAAAGCUUAUUUCCACCCCAGGACCCUGCUAGACACGUGGGCUGUCAAGCUGGCUUUUCCCUCGUGAACUUCCUCGCUGUGCCCACCUGCGUGGGCACGUGCACCUUGAAUUUGCCCCCUUGGGAGGGCGUGUGUAUUCCUGGGCAGGACGAAAGUCCCAGGGAGAGAAAACCUCAGGCUGUGUGCACUUAUGGUUCAUCCUCAACAGCGGAAGUAACUAUUCCUGCGAGUUGCCUUGAGGCGGAGACUGAACGGCUGUGGGCCCUUUGCCUCCACAUGGCUGACCUUGAUGUAGCUUUAAGUCACACAAAACUGCAAAGGGGUCUGAGACCAGACAGUCUCCAUCAUGCACCAGACUGAUCUUGUUGUUCAUUCCCGUUUUUAGGCUUUGUUACUAUGCUAAUACCUCACAUUUGAAACUUUAGUUUUCGAGAAGAGCAAGUCAGCAUUCUUGAAAUGCCUGACUGGUAUAUAUGCAAUUCUGGCCUCCAGUCUUCCAUGAAAACAGAAAUGCUGCCUGGACCCCCAGACCACACACUGGUGAUGGCCAGCUCCGGUGGUGCCCACUCCUUGAGUGGGCCUCAUGCCCAGGACUGGCUGCAGUGCCAGCCCUAUUAGCAUUUCAUGUGUGGAUAAGCCAGUUGUUUCUCUGAUUGUCUGACCCAGGUAUGAGCCUGGUAAUAUGAGCUUUCUGUGUUGGAUGUUAGAUAUAAGUAGCCUGAAGAAGUCACCUGAUGAUAAGUCUGUUUCUCUGCUGUGGUCAUCUGUGAAUGAGCUUCCCCUGAUGGCUGAUCACCCAGAAAUGAUACAGAAGGCCGUCGUGCUUAGAAUCUAGGUUACUUGCUACCAGAGUGUUACAUGAAGUCAGCUGGUUCCAAGUUUUACGACAGUAUUAAUAUAAAGGGCAUGUAGCCAUCACACCUGCGGAGCCCUCGGGCAAGCCUGGCCCAGAAACUCCCCGGGCCAGGGAGCGUGCAGGGCUGGCAUGCACCUGGGCUGCUCUGAAGCGGGACAGCGGGUUCACUGUUGCAGUGGGCAGGCACGGUUUGCUGCCUAAGCUCGGCAUGACCUGUCCCGUUCACCCUCUUCCCCAGCCUGUUACCGAAUUAUUAGUCCGACCUCUGGCCAAAGACACACAUUCCUCCAGAGACAAAGAACAGUAGGCCGUGAAGGGGAAGCUAGAUGGGAGAUCUGGGCGGCCUCCACAGACCCUCCAGCCUGUCUUGCUGGCCCUGGUUCACGCUUGAGGUGUCACUGAACUGACCCUGGACCCAGACAAGCAAGUGUCUUUGGGGUCACAGAACGGUUUUGGGCAGUUUAAUUUUGUACCAAAUUGAGUCAAAAUAGGGCCUAUUUAUACAUGUAUAGAUGAAGCAGCACUUAAUGCUUCAUAUAAAGCAAUGCCUAUUUUUAAAGUUACAAAUACAUAUAUAGAUGUGCUUUGCUGAGAAGUUAGGUCUCUUGUAAACCAGGAACCACACGUUGUGAUUUCUCAUUUUUCUUAUUUUUUCUUAGAAAACAUUUCUAUAUGCAGUAAAUAUAGUAAUAUGUAAAUAAUGUAACAUAUAUUGAUUUCUGGAGUGUUUGUUAUUCAAUGUAUAUACUCCCACCCCUUGCAUGAAGAAAUAUCCUGUAUCUACUGAUCCUUGGUUGUCAAGUGAACAGUAAGACCGGAGGGUGUGUGGCUGUCAAAGCUCUUGCGAAUACUGUGUUCACUAAAUAAAAAUCCAGUGUAUUGUUGCAA